AACGCAUCCACAACUUAUUGAUUAUUCAAUGUGUACAAUUGCAACGUUGAUAUUACUAUUCAUGUCAUGCCAUUCAGUGGUUAAAUAAAAAAAGCAAUCCCCGUUAUUGAGUAGGCUCAAGGAAUCUCUGCAGCCCUCCUAGAUCAGCCAGUACACUGUGACGUGUUUCCAUGCAAGGUGCUCAUUAAGAGGGACGUUUGGUUUCUCUGACGUGUGUCUCAGUCCUCUGACGGAACCGGCCCCCUUUUUAAGCCUCAGUAAGUCACCCGGAAGACCUCCACCAACGUUCCACUUAACUAUUCCUCGCGAUGCAAAGGGGUGGAAGAGACUCUUAAUAAACCUUCAAACUGUUCUGCUCUCUGUUUUCUGCCCAAGGUGCUUCAGCACAUGACUCCAGAGAUACUUGAGGUGUCCAUGCCCUCCCGUUCCUAGCGGGAGACCGGUGCGACUAUGACCUUCCAUGUAGAGGGGCUUGUGGCUAUCGCGGUCUUCUAUCUACUGAUCCUGUUCGUGGGCAUCUGGGCGGCAUGGAAGAACAAACACUCCGGGGAGGCGGAGGGCACCGACCGCAGCGAAACCAUCAUGGUCGGAGGAAGAGACAUUGGAUUAUUUGUCGGUGGAUUUACCAUGACAGCGACCUGGGUUGGAGGAGGAUAUAUCAAUGGCACAGCUGAGUAUGUGUAUCUGCCUGAUUAUGGCUUGGCUUGGGCUCAAGCUCCCUUUGGAUAUGCCCUCAGUCUUGUUGUGGGUGGUCUUUUUUUUGCCAAGCCCAUGCGCUCUCGAGGUUACGUCACCAUGUUGGACCCGUUCCAGCAGAAGUAUGGGAAACGCAUGGGUGGCCUCCUCUUCAUACCUGCACUCAUGGGUGAGAUCUUCUGGUCCGCUGCCAUCUUAUCCGCCCUUGGUGCUACCCUGAGUGUGAUCGUGGACAUGGACAUUAAGGUCUCAGUGGUCAUCUCAGCACUCAUUGCAAUCUUUUACACUCUGGUUGGAGGACUUUACUCUGUGGCCUACACUGAUGUUGUCCAGCUCUUCUGUAUAUUUAUUGGCCUGUGGAUCAGUGUCCCUUUUGCUUUGACCAACCCCGCGGUGUCAGACAUUACCGUUACUGCAGUGCGACAGGUGUACCAGUCGCCCUGGAGAGGCAGCAUCCAGAAGAGUGACACCUGGGUCUGGAUCGACAACUUCUGCCUCCUGAUGCUUGGAGGAAUACCCUGGCAGGUGUAUUUCCAGAGAGUCCUGUCGGCCUCCUCGGCCACCUACGCCCAGGUCCUCUCCUUCCUGGCCGCUUUCGGGUGCCUCGUCAUGGCUGUGCCCUCCGUUCUCAUCGGCGCCAUCGGGGCCUCCACAGACUGGAACCAGACAACCUAUGGUGCCAUUCCUCCAAAAGAGAAGGACCAAGCGGACAUGAUUCUACCCAUUGUGCUCCAACACCUCUGCCCCCCAUUUGUCUCUUUCUUCGGCCUGGGUGCAGUGUCUGCAGCUGUCAUGUCAUCUGCUGACUCCUCCAUCCUUUCAGCGAGCUCCAUGUUUGCGAGGAACAUCUACCAGCUCGCCUUUAGACAGUCGGCAUCCGACCGUGAGAUUGUAUGGGUGAUGCGUAUUACAAUCUUUGUGUUCGGCGGCCUUGCCACGUUGAUGGCGCUGGUGACCGGGACAGUUUACGGCCUCUGGUACCUGAGCUCAGACCUGGUUUACGUCAUCAUCUUCCCCCAGCUGCUCAGUGUGCUCUUUGUCAAAGGCACCAACACGUACGGUUCUGUGGCCGCCUACCUAUGUGGAAUGGUGCUGCGUAUAGGUGGAGGUGAACCCUACCUGCGUCUGCCUCCUUUCAUUUACUACCCUGGCUGGACCACGGAGCAGAGGAUACACCACAUUACUGGAGAAAUGGAGGACGUUGUCAUCCAGAAGUUCCCCUUCAAGACCGUCUCCAUGUUGGCCUCUUUCCUGGGGAACGUUGCGUUCUCCUACCUGGCAAAGUACCUGUUUGAGAGCGGCAGGAUUUCACACAAGUACGACUUUCUGGAUGCAGUGGUGUCCAGGGACAGUGGCGAGAUUAUGGAUAGGACGACGCUUGUGACUCGCAGCAACAACAUCGGGUUGUCGGAGAUGGCGCCUGUCAAACCUCGGCUGAGCGUGACCUUGGCGGCUGCCUUCAUGCGCCGCGACACACUGCAGGCAGAAACAGUGGAGGAGGAGGAGGAGGAGGAGGAGGAGUCCAGCCCUGAUUCCUCCCACCAUGAUAAAAAAUGAAGAAAAAACAAAAUAGACCGAAUACUUUGAGUCAACUGACAGAGAACUGGUUGCUAUGUCAGAUCCUCCAAAAAGAAGAGACAACCAUCCUUCUUUUGGGACUACAAAAGUACCACAUCCAGCAUGUGGUGAUUGGAUAACAACCACAUGUCAGGAUAUAUAGCGUAGACGCUUGCUGAUUGUCCGGACACAAAGUUUUCUUUCUGUGAAGUACAUCAAACUUUCACUCAUAUAGUAUUUAUUCUGUAGAUAGAAGGGUGUAGUCAUCCUUCUUUUUGAACUGGUUGGGAGAUCUACUUAAAGGAAAGUGUGUUCAGAUAAUUUGAUACAUUUUAUGUUGAUCCGUGAUGAAAAAGCUGCUCAAUCUUCAAAUGAGCGGAGAUGAAAAAAAGAGAUGGUACAUUGCAUACAGCUUCUACUGUGUGGUGAAAUAGUUGAUCAGAAAUAUAACAAUGAAUCAAACACAUGGCAGGUAAUUAAUAAGAAACGACUGACAGCACAAACCUAUAUUUUGGAAGGUGUACUGGUUCACUGUACGUACAAAU